CUUGGGGGCGUGGCGGGCCUGGCGCUGGGUCUCCUCUACUUCCUCCAAGAGAAGAUCAUCUACGUGCCCCGGCUGCCGGGCAUCCCCAGCGAUUACCCGUACCUGCCCGAUUCCUUCCAAAUGGCCUUUGAGGAUGUCUGGCUGACCACCGCCGACGGCCUGCGCCUGCACGCCUGGCUCAUGUGGCCGCCGCACUGGGGCGAGGAGCGGCGGCGGUCCGCCCCCACCGUCAUCUUCUUCCAGGAGAAUGCGGGGAACAUGGCAUUCAGGCUGCCCUUCCUCAAGCCAAUGACCCGCCUCCUGGACUGCAACGUCUUCAUCUUCAGCUACCGAGGCUACGGACGCAGCCAGGGCACGCCCAGCGAGCAGGGCCUGCGGCUGGAUGCCGAGUGCGCUGUGGAUCACAUCCUGCGCCGCACCGACCUCGACCCGCGCCGCGUCGUGCUGUUCGGCCGCUCCCUGGGCGGCGCGGUUGCGGCGCACGCGGCGGUGCGGCGGCGGCCGCAGGUGGCGGGGCUGGUCCUGGAGAACACCUUCACCCGCAUCCUCGACCUGGUGCCCCACACCAUGCCCUUCCUCAGGCCCCUGGUGGGCCCCGGCAAGCCAUUCAACUUCUUGGUGCGCAACCACUGGAACACCAAGGUGCUGCUGGAGCAGCUCACGGACCUGCCCACCCUCUUCCUUUCUGCCCUGGAGGACGAGAUGCUGCCGCCGGCUCAGAUGAAGGAACUGUUC